GCGUGCAUGCACAAAUGCAUGACGACACAUAUGAAUACGAAUAUAAGUGAGGCAGGCAUGCAGAACGAGAUCGCCCCACCAAGUCAGACAGUAGAGGGGUGCAACAACCCCGGUACACAGAGGCAUAGCUCAUACAAUUAUAUUUUGUCCGGGUCAAUGACUAUCCUUGUUGAAUAAUAAAUACCUGCGUCAAAUAUAUGGCAUCGCAUGCUAGUGCAAAAAUAGCUUGCAUGGAUUUUUUAAAAAUCCGGUGACCACUAGAUGGCCUCGUAUACCCACAUUUAGAUCAACUGUACUUGAUUUUUCAUCAGUACUGUGAAUGACAAGCCCACUGAAUCUAGUUUAAUAAUCUUUGUACUCAGCAGGUAGAGGCCUAGGUACUUCAAAUCAGUGCUUAAUUUGAGCAGGAUCAUGCCAGAACAGGAUCCGGCACCGUUCCUACUGUUUUAUUCCGGAACCUAUUUGGCCGAAUCCAGGUACCUCUCGUGCCAUGAAAAAUCAUUUUCACUUUUUGCUAUGUAACAAUUAUAAUAAAAGCGAUCAAAGUUCAUUCGAGUUGCCUCUUCGUCAAUUAUCCUGCCCCCUCAUCUCUCCAGAGUUGCACUUCAUCAUUUGUUUCCUUAUAGAAUCAUAGCUGCAUGAAGGGUUCUGGAGGAAUUUUCUAAAGUUACGCAAUUACUGCUGUCUCUUCAGAAAUAAAUUAAAUCAUUCAGAAUAGCCUAAUACGUCAUGAGAAGCCCUAUAAUUUAGCUACAGAGGACCAAUAGCUUCUUUUUAAAAUAGCCUAGCUGCGGAUUGUAGCCCAAUAACAAAGAAUAGCCUACAGUCGGGAACGCGAGGCAAAUCUGUCAGUGAAAAAACAGCACGCAGACAAAACAGGCCUUUUGCAAUAUUUCAAAUACAAUCGAGGGAAAACACAGGUUGAAAAGCAAUGACUCUUGCUGAAAAGAUAAGACUAUGCUGUAGACUACCAAAAUAUUUGAUCAACUCCCAAACAUUGUUUUUACAAAACAGAGAGGGAGAGAUAGGCUUUUGACACGAGCGCAUCGACAAUCUCCAGCGAGUGAGCUGCGCAUCAUUGGGAUUACUUCCACGUGCAACUGUCAGACGACAAGUAGGUGAGGCACUCCCGGGAGCUGAGCUAUGCUGGUGCCAUCCUUCGGGACAGCUGGGUCCUGACAGACGUUGGCAUAACCCCUAGCAGUGCCAUCUGCUGCCUGCUGAAGCGGGAGCCGGUGGUGCGUGUGUUCAGUGCCGUGACGGGGGAGACCCUCUCAGUCUCGGGCACUGUGUUUCUCCUGAGUACGUCUGUGGCCAGGCUCAUGACCCUGGUGUCCCAGCAGUGUGGGCUUCCCGUCAGCUCCUUCAGACUGAGCUCUCCCACCGGCCUGCAACUCUACGACUGCAACCGGCUGCACGACUACGCCAUUGACCUGGGGGCUACUCUACGGUUGGACACCUGGGAUGGGUGGGCGGAGUUCCUCAGAGGCUGCUUCCUGGGACACAGACUGACCGUCCAACGACACCUGUCUAGGGAGAGACCUGUGAUGAGGUUCCAGCUCCGGGUGGCACUCUACAUCGCUGCUUCUCUGGGCCACCUGGACCUGGCCGGCUGGCUGCUGGAGAGGGGGGUGCUUGUCAUUGAACCGGUGGGGGUUCACCCUUACCGUGAGUGGUGCCACCAGACGGCCCACCCCGACGUCACCAAGUGUCCCGCUGUCGCCUCCAUCGAGCGUGGCCAGCUCACCAUCCUCAAACUCUUUAUCGCCAGCAGCGUUCUGACCCUUGCCUGUCGGGAUCCCCAGGGUCGUGACCCCCUGAGGAUCGCCCUUCAGUACGGCCACAGGGAGUGUGUGAGUCACCUGGCCACCAAGCUGUGCUCUGUGGUGGUCCUCCCAGGUAUGGCCCUGCCCAUGCGGACAUACCUCCAGAUAAAGGGCUGGGUGAGGCUGGGGCAGAGGAGGACAGCAUCUAGGCACUGCAUCAGCCCCAACAGGGCUCCGUUCAGGACCAGGGUGGGCGACACGGUCCUGGUGGACGGCUUCACCCUCCCCAAGAUGUCCUCCAAGCCCAGGAGGAGUGAGGCCAAGGCGGGUAUCAGGGUGAUGUCCACAGCCUCUCGACGUUUGACCCCCAUCAACUGCCCAUCUCAUGUAUCCUGCCCGCUCCACGCCCUGGCAUCCCAGGAUAAACCUCUUCAACUACCGAAGCUACACCCUGUGGCCACGAGGGAUGAAAGAGAGAAGAAGAGGGGAUGUGGAGGGAAGGGAUGUGAGGAGGAUGAGAGUGGGGAUCAGAACAGCAACCAAUGGAGGAGCAGAGUCCCGCUCCCACCCAUUUCCAGAGACACCAAUCUCAGACCUGUGUUUGCCUCACCAAACUCCGCCCAGAUCCUCACCACCUCACUGGAGGCCUUUUCUCUCCACUGCGACCGCACACCCAGAGAAAACGCCAUAAACUGUUUGGCCUUGGCCAGGUUAGUCCAAGUUUAAAUGACAGCUACGGUGAAUAUGAAUAUAUAUAUAUACUUCUUUAAUCCUGAACGGCAAUCAGCAUUUACCAGUCAAUGGUUUUACCACUUCAUCACUGCCUAUGAUAUACCCUUAUCCUCCCUGAAUAGAUUUCAGUACAAACAAAUCAUGAGCCAACCAUCAUGCUUAGAAGGUACAUAGUAAAAUCAAAUCAACUCAAACUUUAUUUGUCACAUGCGCUGAAUACAACAAGUGUAGAUCUUUCCGUGAAAUACUUUACUUACAAGCCCUUAACAAACAGUGCAGUUCAAGAAGAGUUGAAGAGAAUAUUUACCCAAUAAACUAAAGUAACAAAUAAUAAAACAGUUGAACUUGUCCGGUGGCCAUUUGAUUAAUUGUUCAGCAGUCUUAUGACUUGGGGUUAGAAGCUGUUAUUGGUUUACCCUAACAAGUCCUGAAACAAAUCAUCAGCCAACUUAGAAGGUAUAUAGUGUCUUAUUGGUUCACCCUAACAAGUUGUUUCAGUAUGGGGAGAGGAUAGGAUGUAAGGGCGCUUCAUUAAUGUAUUGAGGCCAUUACAUAUACAGUAUUUCACAAUGCUAGGACACAGAUUUGGUCUCCUAACCUUGUUCUGGUUGAUUGACUCUCUAACAGUGCCUUCACACAGAGACCAUGGUUGCAGCAGCUGAAUGUAGCGCGGACUCUGGCCAGGAGGAGUGCUCAGCACAUUGGGUAGACACCAGGAUCCUGGUCAUUAGACUGCUGAACAGCUUCUACCCACCAAGUCAUUAGACUGCUGAACAGCUUCUACCCCCAAGUCAUUAGACUGCUGAACAGCUUCUACCCCCAAGCCAUUAGACUGCUGAACAGCUUCUACCCCCAAGUCAUUAGACUGCUGAACGUUAAUUAAAUGGCCACCUGCACUAUUUGCAUUGACCCCCUUUGUUACUGAUGUAUUUUUCAAAUUGUUUUCCACUGACUCUCUUAAAUUGGUUCGAUGCACACUCACUACACUCUACCCACACAUUCACUGUGACACUGACCGACUUUCACACUAGCUGCUGCUACUGUGUUUAUUAUCUAUCCUGAUUGCCUAGUCACUUUUACCCUUACCUACAUGUACAUACUGUAUUACCUCGACUGCCUCGCACCCAUGCACAUUGACUCGGUACUGGUACUCCUUGUAUAUAGCCUUGUUAUUGUUAUUGUGUUACUAUUUAGAAAAUAUUUCUUACUUUUUUUAACUCUGCAUUGUUGGGAAUGUGCUCGUAAUAAAGCCUGUCA